AUGUGUGUUACUAAUGAAGAUCCGUUGCUGAAGAGUGUUCAGAGAUUUUUCGAGCUAGAGGAACUUCCAGAAGACAAAGAGCCAACAUGUGAAGAGCAAAGGAUCGAAGAUCAUUUUUGUGAAACAUAUCAACGAGAUGGUGAAGGCCGAUUCAUUGUUCAGCUUGCGUAUCGUGACUCCAUCGAUCAACUAGGGAACUCCCGUUCAUUAGCUAUGAAAAGGUUCCUGUCAAGUGAGAAACGAAUAUCAAAUGACCCUGAGAUGAAGCGUAUGUAUCAGGACUUCCUUAAGGAGUAUGUAGAUUUAGGUCAUUGUCAUGAGAUACGUGAAGAGGACGAUCCACCUGGUCAACGAAGCUAUUACUUUCCACACCACGCUGUACUCAAACCAUCAAGUACCAGCACAAAGCUACGUGUCGUAUUCGACGGAAAGGCGAAAUCGAAUGGGUUAUCACUCAACGAAGUUCUGAUGGUGGGGCCCAAGAUCCAGAAUGAUCUAUUUUCCAUUGUUCUGCGUUUCCGAACGCACGUUUAUGCAUUCUCAGCCGACAUUGAGAAAAUGUAUAGACAAGUGAAGAUCGAUCCUAAUCAGACACGAUAUCAAAGGAUAUUUUGGCGUGACCAACCAAAGGAUCCGAUGAAGGUGCUGGAACUGUCGACAGUGACCUACGGGACGUCUUCUGCAUCAUUCCUGGCAGUGAGAUCCAUGAUUCAGCUAGCAAGAGAUGAAAAAAACACCUUUCCCGCAGCGGCAGAGGUAAUACUUGAGGAUUGUUACAUGGAUGAUGUAUUGAGCGGAGCAGCGACUUUGGAAUCUGCAAAACAGCUGCGAAAUGACAUCGAAAGUCUUUUGAAAAAGGGAAUGUUUCCUAUUUGA